GGCAAUGCCAGGCAAGAGGGUUGAAAAAUCGGGGUUAGUAGUGAUUCAAAGCGAGAACUGUGACACGGAAAAUGCUAACUUCCUGAGGUACGCAACUAAUAAUGAAAUAUGCUCCAAAACGGUAGCCAGAGAUGGCUGUUCGUCUUCCAAGCGCUCCUGCUCCACCUGCCGAGCGCCUGGAACGGCUUCGCCUGCUUGAGCAACCCCUGCAUCCACGGCGUGUGCUUGGACGAUCUGAACUCCAGCUACUUUUGCUACUGCAUCGACGGCUACACGGGCAUCCAAUGCCAGACCAAUUGGAACGAAUGCUGGUCGUCGCCCUGCCAGAACGGCGGCGUUUGCAUCGACGGCAUAGCCAUGUUCAAUUGCUCUUGUCCUCCUGGAUACAAAGGUAUGCUUUGCGAGGAGGAUAUUAACGAGUGCGAGAGCAAUCCGUGCCAGAAUAACGGGAGCUGCUUCGACGCGCAAAACGGUUACUUUUGCAAUUGCCUGCCUGGAUAUUCUGGAGAUCAUUGCGAGGUUGACAUAGCCGUGUGCAACGCGACGAAUGAGACGCGAUGUGCCAAUGGGGGAGUUUGCGAAGAAGGUCCCGGGGAGACAUUCACUUGUCGAUGCCAGCUGGGUUGGGGAGGAGAUAUGUGCACCUACGAGAUAGACGAAUGUGCAUCAGCUCCUUGCCUCAAUGGCGGCGUUUGCAUCGACCAUUUGGCCGAUUAUUCCUGCGCUUGUCUCUUUGGUUACGCGGGCAGAAAUUGCGAGGAAGUCAUGCAAAUAUGCGACGACAGCCCGUGCAAAAACGGCGCUUUGUGCAUACUAGAAGACGGUGAAUCGGUUUGCUAUUGCGUACCGGAUUUCCAUGGGGAUUUAUGCCAGUACCAGUACGACGAAUGCCAACUUGGACCGAGGUGCAUGAAUGGUGGGAGCUGUAUCGAUGGUGUGGAUAAUUUCACGUGCUCUUGUCCGCCGAAUUUGACAGGAGUACUGUGCGAAUGUCUAGUACUGCCCAAUAAAACAGUAGACUGUACUUUCGUUCAACCAACGACUUAUCCAACUACUGUAGAGUACGACAAUCGAACGAUAUCUUCGACCGUUUUCUAUACAACUACUGAAGUGCCAAUUAGUACUAGUGAAUUUGUAACGGAAGGUACCGCAACAACGACUGCCUUACCAGAUAUUUCAUUUUACUCUACCGCCGAAACUUCCACGAUUUUACUAACCGAGAGUACUUUUAGUACUGCUAUUUCUACUACAGAAUAUUUCGAAACAAAUAUAACUACAGAAAAAUACAGUAGUACUAUCACUGAUUAUUCCAGUACUACAUCUUUAACAAGCGAAGAAACUUCUACUGCAACGUCACCUGAAAGUACAACCUUUACCGAACAAUUUACAUAUUCCACCGAAUUUCAACAAGAAACCUCCACUAGUCCGUACUACUCAAACGUGUCUAGUACCAUUUCACAAUUCCCCAGUACAUUUUCAGUCGAAGUCAGCAGCGCUCCCAUGCUAUCGACCUUCGAAACCACCGAAUUUACUACAGUUAUGGAGGAAACGACGAUUGUUAUAGGAAAGGAAGGGAACCGGACUUUCCCCGAAGAAACUAGUACAACCAUUUCACCCUACUUUACCACCGAACCUUCGAAAAGCACCACCUCAUCUAGUACAACUGAAUACUCUUCAACUACAACAGAAAGUUCUACCACUACUGAAGAAUUUAGUACACGCAUUAGUACCGAUUGUACUAAUUUAGAGAGUAGAUGUUUGAAUGGUGGUACUUGCGUUUAUAUUGAGGGAUAUCAUAAGUGCUUGUGUCCGUUCGAUUACGAGGGUACCCUGUGCGAAAUAAAAUUGGGCGUGAGAAGAGCGGCGUUUAGUGGACAUUCUUUCCUCUCCCAUCGCCUUCACAUAUCAUCCUAUCAUUUGUCGGUGGAAUUCGAAACCAAGUCCAUGGCUUCGGACGGGAUUCUGUUUUUCUCCAACAUAGAAUCCGAGUAUAUGGCGCUCUACAUGGAAAACGGAUUUUUAAAAUUCAAAUUCUCCUGCGGCUACCAAACCAUGCUGCUCAGCGAAUUGAAGAUACCCAUCAAUAACGGGUUUCCGAUCAAUAUAAAAGCUGGGUUGGAUUUUGAUAAGGAUUUCAAGCACUGCAACGCCUCUAUUAAAGUGAACGAUAGCCUCACAAUGAGAGGCGAUCAGCUGGCGAAAAUUGACAAACUCCUCAAACCUACUGCCUGGCUUCACCUAGGCGGCCUUCCCGCUCAUCUUAUUCACGAAGUCGGAAUUCCUGUUGGGGGUUUCAUAGGCUGCAUGUCGAAUUUAAAGAUAGGGGUGAAGAAAGUGAGAAUAUACGACGACGCUGAAGAUGGUUACGACGUUUCGGAAUGCUCCUCGUUAGCUUGUUUGUCCAGCCCCUGCAAGAACGGCGCUUCGUGCAGUUCGAUGGGGGAUGUGUGGCAAUGUCACUGUAAAAAUGGGUACUUGGGAAAAUCCUGCGAUAUAUCCAUUUGUGACGAUAAUCCUUGUCUCUAUGGGGGAACUUGCAUACCGUUUACUAAUAGUGGAUACAUAUGUUUGUGUCCUUAUGGAAAACACGGUCACUUUUGUGAAAAUGAUUUGAAAGUAACUCAACCGUAUUUCUCGUCCUCUGUCAACGGAUUAUCCUCAUUUGUGGCCUAUCCAUUCCCGGUUGGGAUAUCCAAAAACAUGGAAAUCAAAUUCAAAUUCACGCCGACGACUCUCGAGCAAAUUUCUCUGUUAUUAUUCAUCGGUCAAGCGGGCCAUCAUGAUUUUUACUCCGAUCACAUAGCCGUCAGCUUCGUCAGAGGGUACAUUAUGUUGACGUGGAAUUUGGGCUCAGGACCCAGGAGGAUUUUUACUUCCCAACCCAUCAAACCGGGGGCGAAGGAUUACACAGUAAAACUUGGGCAUUCCGGUCGCAGAGCCUGGCUGUACGUUGAAAAUUUGGGAAAUAUCACUGGAAGGACUCCAGGAAAUUUGGUGCAAUUGGAUGUAGUGCCUCUUUUAUACAUAGGUGGAUACGACGUAAGAAACUUCUCCACGUUGCCCCACGACCUACCGCUGCACUCGGGCUUCUCCGGGUGCAUCUACGACCUCGAAAUGAAAUCCGGCAGCGUGCUGAUACCGUUCCAAGGCCCCAUGAAGGCUUUUGGCCGGGCAGUGGGACAAUGCGGCACCAGCGAAUGCUACGAGCGCAGCUGCCAGAACAACGGGGCCUGUUUGCACCACGGCAGCACUUUCAUGUGUUUGUGCCAAGACGAUUGGUUCGGACCGCUGUGCUCCUCCAGGCAGAAUUUAUGCGAUAGCAACUCCACCAAGUGCUCGGAUGCUUCGAGGUGCGUACCGUUGUUGUCUUCUGCAGAAUGCGAUUGUCCCUUCGGAAGGACGGGGAAAUACUGCGAUAAAGACGAAGAAGUUACCGAUGUGAGCCUAACGGGCGUCAGAUCGUACAUCAUUCUCAAUCCAAUCGAAAUCGAAGCUACAAAUUUCCACAUGGAGUUCGAGAUCAGGAUUUUGAAAGACCAAGGAAUCAUCAUCUUCAUGGGCAAAAGAGAUUUGAGGUUCUUCUGUUUGUCGCUACAAAACGGCUUGUUGGAAAUCAAAAUGCAAUUUGGUAGCAGCAAAGUAUCCUCAUCAGGACUCACAGUAAGAAGCUCAAAAUUACUAGUGAAAGCCUUAUGGCACAAAAUCCAACUGGGAAGAUUCGGCAAGAAAGUCUACUUAUCAGUCGAUAACGUGACUAACACCGGCCAAAUCGACAUCAGUCACACUUCAACCACCAACAAAGAAACCAUCUACAUAGGAGGCCUCCCCGACAUGUCGAAUUUACCCCUAUUCGCCGCCUCCAACUUACCGGUACCCUUCAAAGGCUGCAUCAGGCGAUUGGUCAUCAACGACGCCCCCUUACCGCUAAUAUCGAGCAACGUCAGAGAAUCCAGGAACAUCCAGGACUGCGACGGCACUCCCUGCGGCGGCGACGCCUGCCGCAACGGCGGCACCUGCUGGCUGGACUCGUUCAUGAAGCCGCACUGCUCCUGCGCGCCCCCUUACUACGGCGACAGGUGCCAGUACUUGACGAGCUGCUACGACAAGUCCUGCAAGAACCAAGGCAGGUGCAUCAAUAACAGGUGCACCUGCCAAGUGGGCUGGUCGGGGGCGUACUGCGAGAAUGAAAUAGCUGUCAACAAUCCGAAGUUCAACGGGAAGAGCUACCUGGCGAUGAGGAAAGUCGGGGAGAAGAAGAGGGAACUGAGGGAGGAGGUUUCUAAAGUGUUUUUGAAUUUUACUACUGUGAGACCGAAUGGGUUGCUGUUGUGGAAUAAGAAGGGAAAAAAUUACUUCGGUUUGGGUGUGGAAAACGGAUUCAUGAAAAUCGCCAUGUCUUCGGAGAAAAACAAGCAAACAGUUUACGAAAUUCCAUCCUACACGCAAGUAUCCGACGGUUUGUGGCAUAAAGUGGAACUCGAUUUGGACACACUGACGCUGAAUUUGGACAACAGAACGUUCCAGAUUCGGAAAAAGCUGGACAAAACCGUGAAAUUCAGCAUAUCGGGCAAUUUUUAUAUAGGGGGCGUACCGAACGUUACCGUUCUAUCAACCGAGACCAACGGAUUGUUCCAUGGGAAUUUCGAAGGUUGCAUAUCGGCUUUCGGUACCAACACGGAUAUUAUUACUGAUUUUAGUCGCAUGGAAGGUUCCAACGUAGACACGUGUCAAGUAUUAGCUGCUUAGAUGUGGGCACCUAAAGAUGUUCGUUUUACACUUUUACAGUAUUCGAAAUUUCCUCGUAUUUAUACUGUAGACAAAUCGUACAAAUUACGCCAAUUCAACACGUUAAAAAUUAAGUUGAAAGGUUUAGCGAGUAUUUUUGUACGUAAAUACUUAUACUCUGUUCGCUAUCAGGAGAUAGUAAAACUUUCUUGAAGCAGUAAAUCAUAGAUGCAUCAAAUAUACAGGGUGUCCCGUUAAACAACAUAUUUUGGGCUCCCCUACAUGCCCCUGGUCUGUGCCGGUUCUUAUGCGGGACAUCCUGUAUAAAAAGUGGGUACAACUAAGUAUUAAGUAAUAAUGGUAAUUAUUGUAAGUAAUUUUUAAUUUUAUUAUACCCUAGGCUUUUAGUACCUAUUUAAUAUCACAUAAAAGCACGACUGUGUCUGUCUUCAGGUCACUUUAUCUGGUAUUAGAAAAGGGUCGCCUAUUAUUAAAUACCCUGUAUACAGGGUGGCACAAAUAAAAUAAACAUUACGUAUACACAAUAGUAAAAGUAUAAAAGUUUUGGAAUUUUAUGAUUAUUUUCCGUUGAGUCGCUCGAGCUGUAUUUUGCAUACAAAAUUAGUUUUUAUUACUAUCUCCUGAUGGCGAAGAGAUUAUAUAAUAGCAAUACUAGAUUAAUUUUGUUACAAACUGCCACAAAAAUUUUUUAUACAAUGUUGAACAGGUUACGAUUUUGAUGUUAUUUUAGCUUUAAUUAGUAGGAAUUGCGAAUUGUUUACUCAUACAUGUGUACGUUUUAUAUUUCUUUUCGAUUGUUUUGAAAUAAAUAGACUCUGAAAAUGAACGACUCGACUAAAUUAAUCGCUAUAAAAAUAAUAACAAAAAUAGUCAGUAUUGAACCUUUAUUAUUUGGUAUGAAAACAUUAUUUGUUUUAAACAGGGACAAAUUUGUAUGCUUUUACACUUAAAUUGACGUUAUAUUAUCAUUUUAAAAGGACUUGUAAAAGGAAUAAUAAUUUCAAGAACCUCUCAAUCACUUAUCAUCACAAACGCGAUUUGAAUAACAAAAAUAUCACACGAAUACGAAAUAAUCUACCCCUACAAGCAUCAGCGACGAAUUUUGCGACGAAAACGACGAGAUUUCUUCAAGUACACAUAAUUUCUAACAUCUAAAAACGUAUAAUAAUAUAAAAACUUAAUGGCGGAAUAUCAUAAAACAACGCCCUAUUUCAGUUUGGGAAAAAACUCAAUUAAAUUCGCGAUCUCUCAACACGACCGGCGCCGCCAAAGUCCAACCAUACAGCGCCAAAGCCAGCCAGCUCGAGAUCGCCUUCACCCACAUCGAGGCGGUGUUGUGGUUCAAAUUUUCGAUAUUAGAAGUAUCCGGUCUAAAACAAAUACAAUAUUAACACAAAAAAACAAUAACUAGAAAUGCAAAACGCCUACCUGUACCAGUUAGUGAGAGUCAUCAUCACGUACAAAGUGGCCAGAGCGAACAUCACGUGGAAAAAGCUCCAGCUGUAAGCCACCGUUUCCUCCUCGUUAUCCCAGACUUUCCUGCCGCCUUCGCCUCUUUCGCCGCCAUCGUUACCUGCGAUAGGAGCAUAGGGUUCUUCUUAUUUUAAAACAGAGGGUAAUAACAUAGAAAAAGAAAAAUAAAAAUGAACUAAAACGAGGAAGAAGGGAGAGUGGAUAACCCGAGGCAUUAUGAUGGUUUUUUACAGUCUGAUUAGAAAAUCGUGUAAUAUGUUUGAGUGGAAUCUUAGUGGAUGCUGUAAUAUUCAGUUUUACCUGACAGUUCCUCGUUUUCAGAUAGUUGAACUGAUCUUUUUGUACCUACGUUUCUCACUCGACGUUUUUCUAGAUAAAACAACAAUCGAUUAAAAUCAAUUUGUAUCUUUUAACGCACCACCUUUUUCUAUAAUAAAAGUAACGAAUACAUACUACAACAUCCACUAAAUUUGGAAAUUAAAAACAAAACAAAAAUAUCGAAAAUAUCGGCAAAUUCCUACCUUCAUUCUCAACCAAAUUAUCAGAUCCAUAGCCUCUUACUGAAGAUAAAAAAACGUAAGUUAGAAUUCGAAUUGUCGAGUAAACUAUCGAGAAUAUCACACUACACAAUGCCAAGGAUAACCAUUCACAAAAAUUCAAAAUGAUAAAAUAACCAAACAACAGAAUAAUCGUAUAAGCGUAUCGAAACACAAAAAAAUAUUCAUCGAACAUGCAAUCUUAAUUAACAAGCAUUCAAAAUUACAUAUCUAUUUAUAAACAUAUUAAAAAAAUUACCUGCUCCUGUAUCUUUAGCUAGCAUAUUCUCCGACAUAGUUAUUUUAGACGAUUUGCUGGCAGACCUGAGGGACGAGUACAGAACGCAGGCCAUCCAAAUUAUCAAACCGAUUAUAUCAAAAUCAUUGUUGGGUUUUUGAUUGUCGUGAGCGGUACCGCCGAAUAUCCCCCACAAACCGGGAUUGCAUUCUUAUGAAAAUAAAUAAAUUAAUGCUUCAUUAGGUAAAGAAUUGUUUUAAACAUACUUGUAGAAUUCGAUACAGCAGACCAAGUUAGGUAGGUCACAUACAGAGACACAACGGACGAUUGCAAGAGCCCCGAUCUGGGUAAUUUUUCCUGCACAGCCGGUAGUAUCGAAAGAACGCUCACUAUGAAGCAGAAUAUCAAAUUGAUGGAAAUGAAGAAUUUAUUCAAACCGCAAUCGUAUGGCUGAAAUAAUUCACCGAGUCAAAAUCAAUUACACAAACCGCAACAUUUCACUUACUUUAGUGUAGAAAACGUACAGUAGUACGAUCCAAGCGAUGCUCAGAAUGUAAUUGAAUAAUGUCAUUCCGAUUAGAGCGCAGUACCAUCCUCUCGACUCAGAUUCUUCGAAAUUCCCAACCCAACUUUCCGCCCAGGAAUGGGCGAAGUCUAUAAUCAGAAUCAGCUGGAUCAGAAUGAACAAGAAGCCUCCUAUCAUUCCGAAGUACAUCCAAGUGGUACCGAACGAGCCUUCUGGUAUGAAAAACGAUCCGAUCACCCCACCGAUAACCAACAGAAACUUUAUACCCCAAAAUCUACAAAAUUAUCAACUAAAAUAUCUGGAAAUUCUCCAAAAAAUUAAUACCCAUACCCAUUUUGUAUACCCGCUCUAGCAUCUUUCGAGGUCUUAACUCCAAUCAUCAUAAGAGCCAUUAAUGCAAAGAAACAUGUCAAUAUGAAGCAGAUCCUGUAUACAGCUAAAUAUCCAACGGCGUGCUCGCAAUCGAAUGUUUUCGGUAUCAGAUAGGAGUCAUUUUUGCAAAAAGGUACCUACAAAAAUUUCCCUUUAAACAUUCCACUCAAUUCUAAAGAGAUUUAGCAAGGCUAGUUAUAGUCUUCUAUACCUUUUUAAGGGUGCUCUCGAGACCUGGAGACAAUGUAAUACAAGCUGCUACGGUGGUAACGAGUAACAUUAGGGCGUACAUGAUACGAGAGGACGUCGAAUUCCUGCAUGUAGGACAUGCCGAGCAGCAUAAUGAGCAUGCUGUGCUUGUGCAACAGCACGCCAG